UUUGUAGUCUCUCUUAUAAUUAUUAAGUUUUUUCUUUCUUUUUAGUUUGUGUCUGGAAAAAUUUGGUUUAAAGUCUUGUCUUUGUGGUGUGGUGUUACCGUGUGCGGUAAGGAGGAGAAGGAAAGGCUUUGUGCUUGUAGACUUGUGAGUUGUGUCUCUCUGCGCAAUUCGCUCUGGCAAAAUUAUAAACAAUGGUUGGAGGAAGUAGUGCACAGAAGCUAACUACGAAUGAUGCACUUGCAUAUCUCAAAGCUGUCAAGGAUAAGUUUCAAGAUAAACGUGAGAAGUACGAUGAGUUUCUUGAGGUUAUGAAAGAUUUUAAAGCUCAGAGGGUUGAUACUACUGGUGUUAUUGUAAGGGUGAAAGAACUCUUCAAAGGAAACCGGGAAUUGAUUUUGGGGUUUAAUACUUUCUUGCCAAAAGGUUUCGAGAUAACUCUCUUACCUGAGGAUGACCAACCUACGCCUAAGAAGCCUGUUGAGUUUGAGGAAGCUAUUAGUUUUGUCAACAAGAUUAAGACUAGGUUUCAAGGCGAUGAUCGUGUAUACAAAUCAUUUUUAGACAUUUUGAACAUGUAUAGAAAGGAAAACAAGUCCAUUACUGAGGUCUACCAUGAGGUGGCUAUCCUUUUCCGGGACCAUCAUGAUUUACUUGGGGAGUUCACUCAUUUUCUCCCUGAUACUUCAGCAACUGCCUCUACCAAUGAUUCUGUAAAAAUCCCAUUACGUGAUAGAGGCAUUAAGUCUCUUCCCACCAUGCGUCAAAUAGAUCUUGAUAAGAAGGACCGGAUCAUUACUUCACAUCCUGACCGUGUCCUCAAAGCCGAACAUAUGGAUGUAGACCAUGAGAGGCCUUUGUUAAAAGAAAGUAAAGAAGAAGUGAGACGUAUUGACAAAAAGAAUGAUUACAUGGAUGACAGAGACAGGAAAGAUUACAGAGGUCUUGAACAGGACAGCCAGAAAGAUCAUUUCCUAAACAAAAAGAAGCUGACACUAAGGGAUGAUAAUUCUGCUGAAAUGUCUAAUCAUGCCAUUCCCAGUUCAUCUACUUAUGAUGAAAAAGGUCAUAGCCAAGAACUUGCUUUUGUUGAUAGAGUGAAGGCAAAGCUUGAUACCGCUGACAACCAGGAGUUCUUGCGAUGUCUUAAUCUCUAUUCAAAGGAGAUAAUCAGCCAACCAGAACUGCAGUCUUUGGUGAGAAAUUUAAUUGGAGUAUAUCCAGAUCUUAUGGAUGCCUUCAGAGUCUUUUUGGCACAGUGUGACAAGAAUGAUGGAUUACUUUCUGGUAUUGUGUCUAAGAAAUCCUUGUGGAGUGAAGGCAAAUGUCCUCAACCUACAAAGUCACAGGACAUAGAGACAGACCGAGAACGUGAGAAGAUUCAAAGGUAUAGAGAAAGAGACCGCGAAAAGGAGAGACUUGAAAAGGCAGCAGCGAGUCAAAAAUGGGCUAAACCUAUCAGUGAACUAGAUCUCUCAAACUGUGAACAAUGCACACCUAGUUAUCGGUUACUUCCAAAGAAUUACCCAAUUCCUAUAGCAAGCCAAAAAAUGGAGAUUGGCAGCCAAGUUCUUAAUGAUCAUUGGGUCUCUGUCACUUCAGGAAGUGAAGACUAUUCAUUUAAACACAUGCGCAAGAACCAGUAUGAAGAGAGCCUAUUUAAAUGUGAAGAUGACAGGUUUGAGCUUGACAUGUUAUUAGAGUCUGUGGUCUCGGCUACGAAUCGCGUGGAAGAGUUAUUAGCAAAGAUGAACAGUAAUGAAUUGAAAACUGACACUCCCAUCUGUAUCGAGGAUCACCUCACAGCUCUAAACCUAAGAUGCAUAGAACGGUUAUACGGUGACCAUGGCCUUGAUGUGUUGGAUUUGUUAAGGAAGAAUGCAUAUCUUGCUUUACCCGUAAUACUGACACGUUUGAAACAGAAGCAAGAAGAAUGGUCAAGGUGUCGUACUGAGUUUAACAAAGUCUGGGCUGACAUAUAUACAAAGAACUACCACAGAUCACUUGAUCAUCGCAGCUUUUAUUUCAAACAGCAGGAUUCAAAGAAUCUGAGCACAAAAGCGUUGCUGGCAGAGAUAAAAGAGAUCUCUGAAAAGAAUCGAACUGAAGAUGAUGCACUUCUUGCUCUUGCGGCUGGAAAUAGACGAACAAUCUCUUCCAAUAUGAGUUUUGAUUAUCCGGAUCCCGAUCUUCACGAAGAUCUGUAUCAGCUGAUCAAGUAUUCAUGUGGAGAGAUGUGUUCAACAGAACAGCUAGAUAAGGUCAUGAAGGUAUGGACAGAAUUUUUGGAACCAACAUUUGGUGUUCCUUCCCGCCCUCAAGGUGCUGAAGACCGAGAAGAUGCUGUCAAGUCUACGAACCAGAAUUCAAAAAGUGGUAGUGCGAGCGAGGGCAGUCCUCAAAAUGGAACUAGUGUUGCCAACUCUAUGCGGUCAAAUGGCCCUCAAAAGGUCAAUGAAACUAAUCAAGUGCGGCAAGGUAGUGAUUUGGAUAAAGAUGUCACUUCUUCUAAGACCUCAGAUGCAUGUGACAAUACUCAAAAUGAUAAAAUGCCGAAGAAUAUAACCAAACCUGACGAAAGACCUGAAACCAAACAAGUUGUUUCUAUCGAACGUGCGCAUAACUCAAAUGCAGUGCCUGUGGAUGGAUUGCUACCUCAAAGGAAUGGAAAAACCAGCAUUUUAUCCGUUACAGGGCUUAGCAAUAGUAAUCCAAAGCCUAAUGCUUUAACCAGUGGAAUGGAGAUGGAGUUGAAGCCGAAUCAUGUGAAUGGUCCACGGUUAGAGAUUGGUGACAACAGAGUAAUUCCAAAUGGGACAAUGGCAGAAAGAUCUAACGAAGGGUUCGCUGGGCAAACCAAAGUCGAAAGAGAGGAGGGUGAACUUUCUCCAACAGGAGAGUUUGAGGAAGAUAAUUUUGCAGUUCAUGGAGAGAAUGAAAUGGAGACUCUUAGCAAAAGUAAGGAGAAUGAUGAUGCUAAUGCAGAUGAUGAAGGUGAUGCAAGUGCCCCAAGAUCAUCAGAUGGCAGUGGAAACACAUCUCAGAACGGUGAUGUUUCUGGAACUGACUCAGGUGAUGGUGAAGAUUGUUAUCGUGAAGAUGAUAUGGACCAUAAUAACAAAGCAGAAAGUGAAGGAGAAGCUGAAGAAGGUAUGUCUGAUGCCCAUGAUGGUGGUGCUGAAGGAGAUAAGCCUGUGUUGUCCAUGUCAAUAAGAAACCUGCUGCAUGUGAAACCUCUUGCAAAGUAUGUCCCUCCAGCUUUACGCGAUAAGGACAAAGAUGAUUCUCGAAAGAACUCUAAAGUCUUUUAUGGGAAUGAUUCUUUCUAUGUUCUUUUCAGGCUUCAUCAGAUUUUGUAUGAUAGAGUGUUAUCAGCAAAGAUCAACUCAUCAUCUCCAGAAAGAAAGUGGAAGACAUCAAAUUCAACAAACCCUGCUGAUUCUUACGCCAGAUUCAUGAAUGCUCUCUACAAUUUACUCGAUGGUACAUCUGAUAAUUCCAAGUUUGAAGAUGAUUGCCGAGCAAUAAUUGGGACUCAGUCAUAUAUUCUUUUCACAUUGGACAAACUGAUCUAUAAGCUCAUCAAGCAUCUCCAGGUAGUAGCAGCUGAUGAGAUGGACAACAGAUUACAACAGUUAUAUGCUUAUGAGAAAUCCAGAAAGCCUGAAAAGUUUCUUGAUGCUGUUUAUUAUGAAAAUGCUCGUGUUCUUCUUCCAGAUGAGGAUAUUUACCGCAUUGAAUGUGACCUAUCAACACCAACCAAACUCUCUAUUCAGCUUCUGGACUACGGACAUGAUAAGCUCGAUGUGACAUCCAUAUCCAUGGACCCGACUUUUGCAACUUACCUCCACAAUGUAUUCCUUUCCGAUCAACCUAAUGCGAAAGAGAGUCCUCGAAUCUAUUUAAAACGGAAUAAGCGUAAAAAUGGUGGUAACAGUGAACUAUGCACCACGGAUGAAGUUAAAACUAUUAACGGUUUGGAAUGUAAGAUAACCUGUAGUUCUUCAAAGGUAUCCUAUGUACUAGAUACAGAGGAUGUGUUGCAUCGUACUAAGAGGAGGAAAGUUUUGAACCAAAGUGGUUUACCCCUUGGACAGGAAUCUGUUUGCAGUAGUUCUUUGAUUGGGCAAAGGAGAAAACAAAGAUACCAAAAACUUCUCACCAGCCAAUGACAUCUGUCACUUACCACCAGAGAAAACGCUCGUGAAUAGAGUAACUUCGCACUUUUUGAGAGAAAGGUUGCCCAUUCUUUGCUUGUUAUACUCAGCAUUGAGCUUUGUCAGAAGAGAAGAAAUAUGAGAUGGCUCUCACUUCUGUUGCUGCCUUUGGUCCCUCCUGUAUUCUCACAGAAAUAAAAAGAUAGCGAGGGGAAAAAUCGAAGGAAUACUGAAAGGAUUAACUGCUUAAGCCUUCAAAGUCAGUUUCCCCUAAUUGUGUAUAUAAGCAUUUUGUAUGUUGUAACAUUAACUCAAAUUUCUUCUUUCUUUACUCCUAUUCUUUCCAACAUUAAUCAUCUUAAUGAAAAAUUUGUUCUUGUA